AUGAUUAGCGCCCCCGACGGCGCCGGCGGCGGCGCAGACGCGGAUGACCUCUACAUAGACGAGGAGCAGCUGCCCGGCGGCGCCGGCUACGCGGCCGCGUACGCCAAGCUCGCAAACGCCUGCGGCCCCGAGCGCCCCGUGCUGGCUGACAUCGCCGACCCUGGGCAGUACGCGGCGAGCAGCGUCGCGUCAUUUGUGCAGCGGGGCGGCGCGCCCGCGUGA